AUGUCGAUAUUAUUCGUCACUGCUUACGGACUUAACGCCACAAUUGACAAGACAUGGGAUGCAGAGGCGUUAGUUGGUCAAGUCCUGGUGAAACCAUACAUAGAUGAGAAACGGCAGCUUCAUCUGGCUCACACUGGUGAAAGUCACAAGCCCGUCCUCAGUGUUUGCAGACCCUCUCCAGUCCUCUGUCCGUGUGGGUGCUCGUCCUGUCCAGUGAUUCUAGAGCAUAUUGUCGAUAGUCAUCUGACUGAUCUCCAGCUCAUGUAUGAUAAACUCUUGGAGUUCGUUCCCCAUCACUGCCGCCUUCUUCAAGAGGUCACAGGAGGAGCCAUCUCAAGGUAG